AUGGUCGCUACUACCGCUGUUAUCGCAGUACUAGCACUCCUGUGCACAACGCAGAGUCUUGCGCAGAAACAAUGCUACUGGCCGAACCACGCGCCAGCUGCCAACUAUACCGCGUGUAAUGCCGCAGGAGACCAGAGUCACUGCUGCAGGAAGCACGAGACAUGCCUCACCAACGGUCUGUGUCUACAGACUCAGGGUCUCGCCAAUAGAGAGUCCAGAGGAGCAUGCACAGACAACACAUUCAGCAGUCCCGCCUGUCCACAAGCCUGUGCCGAUGUGGCAACGAGCAACUCCUUAACCAUCUUCUUAGCUUACGACGAUGUGACCAAUAACGGUGCAUUUUGCUGCGUACUGCCAUACAAUAGCACCACAGGCCGGUGUCCGGUGUCGACGAAAGGGAGCACCACGCCCUUCGACCUCGAUCCGUUUCAGGUCAUAGUGGAUCGAAGCAAUGGCGCAACGCUGCCUAUAGACGGCACGGACUACGUCACGACAUCGAACGCAACCUCCACAGGCUCGACCGCCGAGACUACAGUCUACCAGACCACGACCGCAACAGCACAAGCCAGCAUUGCACCGAUCGCAGCAGGUAUUGCCGCCCCACUCGGAAUUCUACUUAUAGCCGCCCUGAUAGCAUGCGGCGUCCUUUUCAGCCAAGUCCGUAAGCUUCGUCGCCAAGUCGACGACCAGGGACAGGCGCAUACGAGGGACCCUCCUGGUGCGGCACCGAGUUACGACUACAAAAUUGCGUCGCAUGACGGUCGCUCGCAGGAGGCGCAGCCAUUGUAUCAUAAUGCUGGUUGGGGAGGUCAUGGUGGCUCGCCGCCGCCGCAGAUAGCGCCCGUCGAGGCUCCAGCCAGUACGGAGGUCACUGAGGCUGAUAGUAGACCUGUGGGGAAGUUUAGAUGA